CUUUUCUUUUUUUUAACCAAGGUAUGAGGGUGCUGGUAGAUGCUCGAGAGAAGCUUCAUAUUCCUUGGGGAGAUAACUCAAACCAACUCAAUGGAGACAAGAUGAUGUCAUUUGAUACCCGUUCCCCCUUGGUGGCCCAGGGACUGGUGGAAACUCGAGUUUUUUUACAAUAUCUUCCUGCUAUACGAGCGUUAUGGGCAGACAGCGGCAUACAGAAUGCCUAUGACCGACGUCGAGAAUUUCAACUGGGUGAAUCUGUAAAAUAUUUCCUGGAUAACUUGGAUAAACUUGGAGAACCAAAUUAUGUUCCAUCACAACAAGAUAUUCUGCUUGCCCGAAGGCCCACCAAAGGCAUUCAUGAAUACGACUUUGAAAUUAAAAAUGUUCCUUUUAAAAUGGUCGAUGUAGGUGGUCAAAGAUCAGAAAGAAAACGUUGGUUUGAGUGCUUCGACAGUGUGACAUCAAUACUUUUCCUUGUUUCCUCAAGUGAAUUUGACCAGGUGCUUAUGGAAGACCGACUGACCAAUCGCCUUACAGAAUCUCUGAACAUUUUUGAAACAAUUGUCAAUAACCGGGUUUUCAGCAAUGUCUCCAUAAUUCUCUUCUUAAACAAGACAGAUUUGCUUGAGGAGAAAGUGCAAAUUGUGAGCAUCAAAGACUAUUUCUUAGAAUUUGAAGGGGAUCCCCACUGCUUAAGAGACGUCCAAAAAUUCCUGGUGGAGUGUUUCCGUAACAAACGCCGGGACCAGCAGCAGAAGCCCUUGUACCACCACUUCACCACUGCUAUUAACACCGAAAACAUCCGCCUGGUUUUCCGUGACGUGAAGGAUACUAUUCUUCAUGACAACCUCAAGCAGCUUAUGCUACAGUGAUAUACAAAAGACUUGCUGUUUUAAUGCCUUUUUGUCUUUUUUAUUGUUUUCUGUUUGUUUUGUUUUUUCAAAUAGUUUACAACAGGAAUUAGAAAAAUCUUGAUGCUGUGUUGAAGUUCUUGGAAAUCUGAGUCCUUCUUCUGCAGACUUUGGUUUGUGGCUGAAAGCUGCUGAAUAACAACACAUUGCCAAUAUCUGCUGAAGUUCAGGCUUUGAUCGGUUUCGCUAUGGCUUCCAUUAGAGUGGAGUUGUAAUUUUCUGCCAAACCUCACUCGAGGUAUAGUUCAGGCUUUAACACCUUCCACUUUCAAACUGGAUUGCCCUGUAGUGCCAAGUAUAGCAGGUGUCCUUGAGUAUUUCUAGUAUGAGGUUGAGAAUAUUCAGUUCUAAAACAAAUAAGAUACCUUUUGUCUGCCUGACACAUAGCAGCAACACUCGUGCCUAGCUUUAUGGUGACCUAUUUUGAAAUGGCUAUUGGAAAAAAUUUUGAUCUUAGGAAUGACAUUCUAUAGAUUCACCAGAUUUAGCCUUCAUGUAUUUUUCAUUACAUGCAUAACAGUUGUUUUGUUUUAAAAUUUCUGUGGUUCCUAAAGGUAAUGUUUUUAGUGUUUUAAAGUUUACAUGAGGAUUUCUGGUUUGAUGCUAAUGGAAGUUCACAAAUGGUACGGGGGAGCAAAAGGCAAGCAAGUGCCAUAUAUAGUGUUUUGGUCAAAGUUAUGAGUGAAAUACGAUUUACCCUUUUCAUAUUUAAAUAUGUAAUAAAAGUGUCGGAUGUGAAACAUCUUGGCCAUGGCAGUAACUAAAAAUUGCAAGCAACUUGAUAACAGAACUUUCUAAAUAAACAUAACCUUUCCAGAU